GUCGCGCCACUCGCCAGCGCCAGUCAUUUAUCCUCUGCCUCUCUAGCUCUCUCUUUAUUUACUUUAGCUUCCUCAAGCAUCUAAAGUGUGUACCUGAAUCUGACAUGAGAGACGCUCGGGCUAUUUUUGUGGCAUCUGUCCUGUUAUGUGCUCAUUUAUAACAAUGAGACUCAACACGAUGCAUCUCGACUAGUCUCGCUGUUAGAGAUCUGCCGCCAGUAUGGACAUGAAUGGCGCGGAGACAUACGACGAGGACGUGAACGAUCAACCGGUCGAUUAUAGCAAGAAAUAUGUCGAGAGAAAUGCUGUGCCGCAGAAUCAACGCCUGGCCGAUGAAUCGCAAACGAGCCGCGUCGCGAAAGAGGAGUUCGACGAGCGCGACAACAAGGUGGACCUGUUUGGCGACUAUGCGGAAACCGAUCUUGAUCAGCCUACGGAUUAUAGCCUGCGAUACGCUGAGGACGACACUGACGAGGAGGAGAAGCAGAACAAUGAGUACUUUGCUGGCAGCGAACAAGAAGAUACCGUCAAGACUUAUUGCACAGAGGGAACGCCAUAUGAGACUCCCUUUAACUUUUCCACAGCUACUUCCAUGUCGGAUCUUCGAGUUGAAGAUAUAAAAGAGAACGUACUUGUGAAGAAGGUGCCAAAAAAGACGAACCAAGUAGCCAGCAAGAUAUCCACGUCCUUUGUCGAACAGACCGAAGCUCUUACGUGCGACGAGCAAGAUGGUCCACAAACGAAAGAGCUUGAAGAAGACAAUUCAAAGGAUACAGUGGUUCUUAAUCCUGGACAAGUAACUCCAGAGAAGAUAGUAAAUUAUUAUGAAGAAGAAGAAACGUCUCGUGGCUUCUCGCGUGCCAAUUCGCUUAGUUCUCUGAGUAGCGCGAUGACUCCUCAGAAUAAUAGCACGGAAGUUAUAUUGAAAGAAGAUUCACCUCCUCCUGUGAAUAAGGAAGAGUUGGAAAAUAAUGAUCACAGUGUGAGAUUGAAUAGCAAUCAAAUCGAGUUGUCAUCGGUGAGCGAUAAUUCUUUUGAAAAUAAGAAUAGCCCACGUGUGUUAGACAAAGAAGGAAAAAUGGUGACAUUUGGUGGCCAAGAUUACUAUGCAGAAGAAACUCCUUUAAUGUUUUCACGCUGUAGUUCGCUUGGUUCGUUGAGUGGUUUUGAACAAUAUUCUAUACAUGACGAUCGUAGUUCUGUGAUCAGUGACUUUAGCCGUAGAACCAGUGGUGUAGUCUCACCCAGUGAACUGCCUGAUUCACCCACACAAACAGUUUUACCCAGUCCACGUAAUCAUAAAACUCAGAAUGCAGAAUUUAUAUCAAAAAUACAAGAAGAAGCAGUAAGACCAUCAGUCCGACAUUUAUUAUUUUCUAAACCGAAUGUCACGAGAAAUAGUGUUUUUGAAGAUGACAUUGCCACUUUCAAGGAAGAAUCAACGCCAAUUGAAUUUUCGAGUGCAACCAGUCUAAGUUCUCUUACAAUUGAUGACGAAGUCAAAAUACCUAAUGACACCAAGACGUAUUGCAUAAUGGAAGGAGUAUUUGAUACAAAUGAGAAAGAUGUUCAUGUACUUGAAAAAGAUAUGCUUAAUAUGAAAAUAAAUAGUCCCGAGAACAACGUGAAAGAGGAACAAGUAAGUGACGGCGAUGAAGAUGACGAGGAUAUGUUGGCUGCUUGUAUUAACAUGGGAAUGCAAACUAACAGAUAUAGACAGUCUCUGAACUCUCAGAAAUCUGUACAAUCAGAGUCAACGAACAUCUUAGUGCCAUAUCAGAGAACGUCUAUCCCAACCAGAUUGGAAUCACCCGCGACUCCAGUCAAGACACCUGUUGGUACUUCGAAGAAUAGGACUGCAAUGGAAAUUGUUGCUUCAGACACCGUACAUGUGUAUUGUACGGAGGACACGCCCGCAGAUAUCUCUCCAGUGGGAUCUCAAUCCAAUCUGUCUGCUCUCUCAAUGCCAAGUGUACAGGAGGAUGAGGAGAAGAUUGUGUGUGAGCAAGACAAAUCAGCCGAAAUCAAUUCCCACAGAAAUGACUUGUUUGAUGAAAAUUCCAAUCUUUCGGGCGAAGAUGAGAAAAUAUUAGAUGAAUGUAUUCAAUCGGGCAUACCUAAGGCAAGACAGAUAACUCCACCUCCAACAAAUGGCAUUCUGUUCGAUAAAAAAUCGGAAACAUUAUCGCAUAAGUUUAACAUAUGCGGUACACCAUCGUCUUCACCCGUUGAUACAAAUAAUGGAAAUAAAAACUCUAUAUUGAGUCCCAAAUCACCAGGUAGUGCGUCAUUGAGACAUCCAGAUGAAUUUUCAGACGAUAGCUUGAAUCAUUCAGACGAUGAUGCAAUUUUGACGGAGUGUAUACAGUCUGCAAUGCCAAAGGCAAGGUUCAGAUUAUCACCGUCAAUUGGUUCGCCGUUAGCACAAACAGCAGAAAAUCCUACAACGAUGAAUAUACAGCUGCCCUCCACUUCAUCAUUUUUUCAGCCAAGAUACGUGGAGCAAAAGAAAAGUAUAGCAAAGAAACUCUUACCUUUCGAAGACAAUGUUGGACUUUCUGAAGAAGAAGAAGAUAUCAUGUUAGCACAAUGUAUUAGGUCUGGUAUGCCAAAAGCAUUAAAUUCCAUGCCGUCUGCAGCAAUGACAUCCACAGCCAAAAAAUCCGAACCACCUUCGAAAGUUACAGGCAACUUUUCCAACCCUUCGGCUUCCUACUUUGCGAACAAGUCUCAUUCUGCCAGGAAUGCCGCGCUAUAUUCACCAUCGUUGUAUAAAUCUGUGAAUAUCAACACGACGGAUGUGCGUUUUGCCAGAAACGUAUCCGGCAAUUUUAACCACUUCCCCGGGAAAGCAUCAAGCAGUAAUAUAGCACAGACCUCCGGUCAGACAUUAAAAAAUUGUGAUAACGGUACGCGCGACAGGAUAAACAACUCGCCGCAUUGUGCUCGAAGGUCGCCGCUUCGUCGUACGGAAAGUCAAAACGGUAAUUUCGUUGACAGUCUGUAUAUGCGAUCUCGCGAUGUGAAAUGCGUGCCGAUUUGUAACAGAAUCCAAAAUGACGACGAUUACUCGUGCAAAAAUCACAACACAGUGAAAUCUAACACGGUGCCUUCGCGCCAUAGUUCAGCAAGUUCCCUCAGUGAAGAAGGUUCGCUGAUUUCCACGGAAGAAUGGGCCUUACUAGAGUUAUGCAUCACGUCUGGUAUGCCUAGAAACAAGUGUCGUGUUAAGGGAACUAAGCCUAAUGAGAGUGCAAUGUCUAACGUUCACGAUGAUUGCGAGUCAAUACCAGAAGACAAUUACUCGGUAUGCAGUUACAAUUCUUAUAUUUGUAAAACAUAACAUGUGCAUAUCACAUGACAGAGGUUCUUUUUCUCUCUCUGUCUGGCAAUUUGUAUAUAUAAUAUUUUUAAAAGACUGAGUAUUUUUGUAUAUUA